CAAUAAACAAACAGAAGAAGAAGAAAUGUGAUGCUAGCAGCGUUAGCAUUCCUUCUGCUGGUAGUCUGGUCCUCUGUGGGCUGAAUAUGUCGAUGUUUGCAGUAGAAAUGUCUUCAGUCCAGCUUCCAGGAGAGUCGGUCAACGAGCAGGUAACUCCUGCUGAAGAAACAUUCACAGAGUUUAAUGAAAUUAUCGUGAAGGAGGAAGAGACGGACGAUCAGCGCAAACUUUCCCCGGAUUUCACCCCGACACCUCAGAUAAUCCUACACAGAACGGACCACCAACUGGGUCAUGUCUGGAAAGAGGAGGAUCCCUCUGACCAGCAGCUCUAUAAACAAGAGACGGAUCCCAGUUUGUACCAGGAGGAACCAGAACCUCUGCAGAUGAAAGAAGAGGAGCCAGAACAUCCCUUGAUUAAAGAGGAAGUAUUGGAGAUCUGCAUAGGUGAACAUGAAGAUCAGCUUGAACUGAAGCAGGAGUAUGAAGAUACAUUUAUGGUGACUCAAACUCAUGAAGAAAAUAACCACAUUAAACCAGAACCAAUGAAAGAUCAAAUCAUCUCUCAGGACUUUAAUGAAACUGAGAAUCAGGAGCAAGAAGGAAACCACCAUAAAGACUCAGAAUUAGAGCAAGACAAUGGGCUGGAACAAAAUGAGAGAUGUCAGAAAACCAUAGAGUGUAAAAACUGUGCUGAUCAUUCAGAACCCAAAAGGUACAGGAAAAUUCAAGCAGAAAACUCGGCUCAACACAGGAGAAGUCGCACAGAUGAGAGGCCUUUCAAAUGUCUGACUUGUGAUGAAAGCUUCACUACAAACUCUAAUAUUAACAGGCACGUCAGAAAUCACACAGCUGAGAAGCGUUUUGUAUGUGUGACAUGUGGAAAAAGACAUAAUCAGAGAUUCCUAUUACAGGUUCACAUGAGAACCCACACAGGUGAAAUACCUUUCAAAUGUCAGUCCUGUGGAAAAAGCUUCCCUAGAAAAGAGCAUUUGGCUAAACACACCAGAGUUCACUCUUGUGGCAAAGGUUUUACUCCAACAAUGCAUUUGACCACUCACAUGAAGCUUCACACAGAUGAAAGGUCUUUUCCCUGUAAUAUCUGUGAGGAAACUUUUAAAAGCAAAAAAUUAUUGACUAGACAUAUGAAAGUCCACACACAUGCGAAAUCCAUUUCGUGCGUGACCUGUGGCAAAAGAUGUAGUCACAAACAUCAGUUAAUGAGUCACAUAAGAAGUCACACAGGUGAGAAGCCCUUUUUGUGUGUGACCUGUGGAAAAGCAUUCAGCUAUAGUUGUUGCUUAAAAACUCACUUAAUAGUUCACACACGUGAGAGACUUUAUCCAUGUCAGACUUGUGGAAAAAGUUUUAUGAGAAAAAACGAUUUAAGAGUUCACAUGAACUCUCACACAGGUGAGACACGUGUCCAAUGUACCACAUGUGGAAAAUAUUAUAUGGACAAAAAUAGUUUAGCACGUCACAUGAGAAAUCACACAGGUGAGAGACCUUUCAUAUGUCAGUCGUGUGGAAAAAGCUUUACCCGUAAAGUUAUUCUUGAUCAGCAUGAGAGAAUUCACACAGGCGAGAAGCCUUUCUCUUGUACGAUUUGUGGCAAAAGUUUUAAUCAAAAAGCUUCUUUGUCUCAUCACAUGUUGCUUCACACAGGUGAAAUGCCAUUUUCCUGCAACACCUGUGGAAAAUCCUUCAGAUCAAAACGUUCAUUGAAUAAACAUGAGAGUUCACACAGGGAAGAAGCCCUUUUGGAGAAGCAUUCAGCAACAGCUUAAAAGUUCACUUCAUAAAAAUGAAAAGCCUUUUUAAUGUUGAAAAAGUUCCACAAACAAGACAGAAUUGAGAGUUUUGAUAAUCUAUUUCCAAUAGUACGUAUGUCCCAAUAAAGUACAUUGUUAGAAGUUCUUGAGUACCGUGGUUAAUGAAGAUUAGUAACAUAGAUGGAGCUGUUCUGUUAGACCUUAGUUCUGCUUUUAACCUAUUUGAUUGUGAUUUUCUGUUAGAUAAAACUAGUGACUAAAAUGUUUAUUUGUAUACUUGUACAUUUAAUUCCUUCUUGCUAGUUAUGCUUCUCAACUAAAGCGAUACUUUAAAAUAGCAGGUUUUCAUUUCUAAAAGAAUUGUGUGCAAUUCCACAGGGCUGUUGCUUAGGACCUUUACUGUUUUCCAUUUUCACCAGUGACUUGCCUUUUAUCUCAUCACUAACGCUGUCUUAUCUCACUUGCAGUAUUGCAACAUUUGGUCCAGAGAAACAUCUAAACGAACUACAAUUAGUCCAAAAUGAGGCAGCACUUUUUGUAUAAACUGUCCCAGAUAUGAAAAUAUUCCUGGCAUGAACAGAGCAUUAGGUUGGUCAUUGGUGAAAAAUAAAACUAAGACUUAGAAAUAUUUUUGUUAUUCUAAAAUAUGAAAUGUUUUGUAUGGUGAACUUUCAUUUUUCGAUAUGGUGUUUUUGAAUUGAAUUUUAAACGUGUUAAUAUACAGCUUAAAUUUGGUGUGUUGUGUGAACAAUUUGAAACUGCUGGAAUAUUCAAGCUGCCUUCUGUUCAUUUCAGUUUGUAAUCCUUUACAUUUUCUUGUCAACUUGAUGACAAGUGACAUUUUGUUUUUCCUAAUGAAGUUUGACAGAAAAAAAAGUAUAUGUAAUGUCUAGAUAGGAAAAGCCAGAAUGAAAGAAGAGAAUAAGCCUUGAAUAAAAAAAAUAUUACAAUCUUAUAAUUCUAAUAAUAAAAAAUUGUGUGAAGUAAACCAUAAGAUAAUUUGUUUGUAUUUAAUGGUAACUUUGUUAAUUAAUAAUAUGGAGUCCCCUAAGAGAUAUGGGACAAUUUUUUUCUUUUGUGUUCCUUUGCAAUAAGCAAACACACCUUGGCCUAUCCUAAAGAAAAAAUAUAUAAAACUUCAGAUAUCUCACAAACAAUAUUAACAAUAGAUGGUAAAACGUUAUAACAGAAAGUUUGAUGGCCACCCUAAGAAAGACGUUCAGUAUUCAGUUAUGCUGCAGGAACUGAUCAGUACAUUAUUGCAAUAGAAUGCAAAACCUUUUGCAAGGUAGCACAAAAGAAAACAAAAUCCUCUAUGCCUGCUAGGGGGUUCUGUUGUGUAAAUGCACCACAAACAAAGCUAUGGGCAAAAUGCAAAAAAACAGGCCAAACAUGGGCUUUCCAUCUGUUUCCAUCCCUUAUAAGAUAUAAAUAGAAACUUUCCGUAAGAAAGAAAGAAAAAGAAAAAUUACAUCCAAACUAUUUGGACUAUUUCUGAGUUAUUUUCACAGGGUAAUAAGGUCAUCUGACAGUUUUGAUUGUGUUUUUUUUUUGUUGGUGGGCUGAAUGGUUAAUAAAGGGCCAUUUUCAUGUGCUGUUCCAUCUAAACCCUAAAACAAACAGACAUAGACAUGCAGUGAAUAAAUUGAUUUUCAGUCAGUUUUUGCACCAAACAGUUAACAAUACAUAAACACGUUCUCACUGAGGCUCUUUAAAAAUGUGUAUAUUUGAAAUUUUAAAUUGAUAUUUAUGUCUGUAUACAAAACAGACCAGGGUGUAUUUGCUUAUUACAAGAGAAUGCAAUACUUUUAAGAAAGAACAGAAAAGAAAAAAAAAUCCUCAGUGAAUCCUGGUGGGUUUCACAGUUAAAACGGCCCUGUCCGUCGAUUUGUAUUGAACACUUUGUAAUGCAAGCACCAAAAGAAGCAUUAAUAACAAGAAGGAGGCCGGAAUAAGCCAUCUACUGCUUCAUCUUUCUCUACCACAUGCUAUGAGUGAUGCAUAACAAACAUUUGGAAUGUAAAUUUUCAAAAAAUGUUUUAUUUGUUUUUUAUUUAACAUUCUGUGAUUGUAAUGGCCACAAAAAUCAUAAUCUCUUGUACAGCAGUGACUGGAUUUAAUUUAGAUUUUGUUUUCAAAUGCAGGUGUUGCAAAUGGAAGAAAUGUGAACAUGUACAUUUGCAAAAAUAUAUUUUAUAGUUACGUUUCACACUUUGUUCCACAUGCCUGACAUGACAUGCGUUUUUAGUGUAAGCUUGGCAGGAUUUUGUUUAUUGACAUACAAAUAAAUUGUAAUGAACA